AUGGGCGGGGGGCAGCGGGCGGGGGGCUCGGCGGCGGCGGGGGGCACCCAGCGGGCACCCGGCGGGCACCCGGCGGGCAGGGGGCUGCGGAGAGCGGGGCCAGGUCAAGGGGAAGGGGCAGGCAGCCUCCGGCCGGGGCUGCGGCGCUGCACCAGGCUGCGGUGCCCAGGGCGAUGCUGCGCCGGCAGCAAAGGGGCACAGCCCCAAAACGGUCUGCUGGCCAUGGGCAACCUGAUAAAGAGUAGGGGUUUGGCUGUAGCCAAGACUCCGGGGACUUCAGGGACUUCCCGGCGGCUUCUCCUCCCUUCGCUCCUCCCUCUCCAUCACCCCAUCCGCCAGCGCUCAUCACCAUCGGGGGGGAAGAGGCUGCACCCGGGGCCGGGAGCGGCCGCGGGGUCACCCCCGGAGCCCCCCGAGCCCCCGGGGAGCAGCGGGGGGAGGACGGGGCUCCGGCCACCGCCGCUGCCCGCAGCCCAGCACCUCUUCCCCGGGCUCCACCUCACCAUCAUGCUUUUUUCCUCUUGUUUCUUCUCUUGCAGGUUUCACAUGGGGAACCUUCUAAAAGUGUUGACUUAUAACGAACUUGACCAAGGCCCUAAUUUUUUCCUUGACUUUGAAAAUGCGCAGCCCACGGAGGCCGAGACGGCGGUGUGGAACCAGGUGAACGCCGUGCUGGAGGAGGCGCAGACCAUCCUGGCCGAGCUGCAGUCCUACACGGGCGCCGGCCAGGAGAUCCGAGAGGCCAUCCAAAACCCCGGGGACCUGCGGCUGCAGGAGCGCGCCUGGAGCGCCGUGUGCCCCCUGGUCGCCAAGCUGAAACGCUUCUACGAGUUCUCCCUGCGGCUGGAGAACGCCCUGCGGAGCCUGCUGGAGGCCCUCACCAGCCCUCCCUACGCCCCGACCCAGCACCUGGAGCGGGAGCAAGCUCUGGCCAAGCAGUUCGCCGAGAUCCUGCACUUCACCCUCAGCUUCGACGAGCUCAAGAUGACCAACCCUGCCAUCCAGAACGACUUCAGCUACUACAGACGGACCAUCAGCCGGAACCGCAUCAACAACCUGCAGCUGGAUGCAGAGAGCGAGGUGAACAAUGAGAUGGCCAACAGGAUGUCCCUGUUCUAUGCCGAGGCCACCCCCAUGCUGAAAACCCUCAGCAAUGCCACCACCAAGUUCGUUUCAGAGAACAAGACCCUCCCGAUCGAGGACACGACCGACUGCCUGAGCACCAUGGCCUGCGUGUGCAGGGUGAUGCUGGAGACCCCGGAGUACCGGAGCCGCUUCACCAACACCGAGACCCUGCUCUUCUGCAUGAGGGUGAUGGUCGGUGUCAUCAUCCUCUACGACCACGUCCACCCCGUGGGGGCCUUCGCCAAGACCUCCAAGAUCGACAUGAAAGGCUGCAUUAAAGUCUUGAAAGACCAACCCUCAACCAGCACCGAGGGGCUCCUGAACGCUCUGAGGUACACCACUCGGCACCUCAACGACGACACCACGUCCAAACAGAUCCGGGCCCUGCUGCAGUGAGCGGGGCCGGAGCCGCCGUCACCGUGUCACCGACGCCCAUGACCAUACAGCUCAUUUUGUACAGAGGGAAAAGGGACAGCGAGGAACACACAGAAAUGCUAAAAACAAAUCAAAACGGGCCCGGGCUGCCCUCCCCUGCCACGGGCUCCUGCCCCUCCCCUGCCCACCCCCAAAUCAGCACCCGCUCCUGGACACGAGGUGUGGGUGGCACCGUGGGGACUCGGGGCCGGGGCCAGGCAGGAGAGACCCGGGCAAGGGAAGUGCUGGUGGGGCUGGCAGCAGGGUGCCCAUGGCACGGGGGCACCUUGGGGAGGGGGCAGGUGGUGCCCCUGUCCCCAUCCUGGUCCCCAAGCGGAGGAGGAGGGAGAGGAUGAGGAGGAGGAGGAUGAGGAGAAGGAAGAAGAAUCCUUGUGGAUCUGCACUGACUCUGGAGGAAACGGCUCAGUCUCACCUGGUAGAUUUUUAAUAUGAGCAAUUAAAUCCACACUCACCUCUUCUUUUCUA